CCUGGACAGGAGUGAAGAGCUGACUCCAUUAGGAUUUCAUCUAGCCCGUAUGCCUGUAGAGCCUCACAUAGGAAAAAUGAUUCUGUUUGGGGCUCUUCUUGGCUGUUUGGAUCCUGUGCUUACCAUUGCGGCCAGCCUUAGCUUUAAAGAUCCCUUCUUCAUACCACUGGGAAAGAAGAAGAUCGCGGACCACAGGAGAAAAAUACUCUCCCAAAACUCUAGAAGUGAUCAUCUCACUAUUGUCAAUGAAUUUUGGGGCUGGGAGGAUGCUAAGAGACAGGGUGGCAGGUUUGAGAGGGAAUACUGCUGGGAAAACUUCCUGUCUGCAAACACGCUACAGAUGCUUCAGAAUAUGAAGGGUCAGUUUGCGGAGCAUCUUUUGGCAGCUGGCUUUGUGAAUAGUAAGGACCCUAAAGAUUGCAGCUCUAACAUCAACUCAGAGAAUGAGAAGCUGAUUUAGAGCAGUGAUAGUAGCAGGUAUGUACCCAAAAGUGGCCAAGAUUCGCCCCAGCCAUAGUAAGAAGAGACCGAUGUAAGUGGCAUGUAUUUCUCCU